AUGAAUGCUUUUGGGACACAUUUUACUAUCCACAUACACACAUUAUUAAACCCCUGGCCACAAACUGCUGAUAAAAAAGAUGGCACAAAGUGGCUGUCAAAACGGGCCAGAGACGACUUCAGCCACUUCAGCCUCUUCGCCUCUCGUGCUGUGGAGCGCCGGAGCCAGACCGGAGCAGAGCCAGACCGGACCAGUGACGACUUCAGCCUCAGCCUCUCCGCUGUCGGAGCAGACAAUGGCACAGUCUUCUGUCGGAUGCUGGGGAGGCCAGAGUUUCCUCUGCUGUUUAGGAAAGGAGAUAUCUCUAUUGGAGGAGCUUUUUCCAUCUAUAGCCAAAUCUCAAAGCCUUCACUCUCCAUGACUGAACCACCAGACCCUCUAAUAUGCUCAAGAAUAAAUUUGAGAGAAUUUCAAUUUGCUCAAACAAUGAUGUUUGCUAUUGAGGAGAUAAAUAAUAGCAGUUCUUUACUGCCUAAUAUCAAAAUUGGUUAUAAAAUUUUUGACAGCUGUGGUUUAACACUUCCUUCAACACAUGCAGUGAUGCAUUUAAUAAAUGGACAAGGGAAGGACUUGAUUAAUACCUGCCAAAGUCAGAUGUCUGUUCAUGUCAUCAUUGGAACCUCUGAGUCUUCCUCAACAAUCGCAAUACUACAGAUUUCAGGGAGUUUCCAAAUUCCAGUGAUCAGCCACUUUGCUACAUGUGCAUGUCUCAGUAACAGAAAUGAGUAUCCCUCCUUCUUCAGAACCAUUCCUAGUGACUACUACCAAAGCAGAGCACUGGCUAAACUGGUCAAACACUUUGGAUGGACCUGGGUUGGUGCAGUCAGAAGUGACAAUGACUAUGGUAACAAUGGGAUGGCAACAUUUAUCACUGCUGCACAUCAGGAAGGGGUUUGUGUUGAAUACUCUGAGGCCAUCUCAAGGACGGGUUCUGCAGAGCAGGUUGAGAGAACUGUCAGAGUGAUUCAGAGAGGCACAGCAAGAGUUUUAGUUGCUUUCCUUGCACAAGGUGAGAUGGAUGUUCUGCUUGAGGAGUCUCUGAGACAGAACUUGACUGGGUUGCAGUGGGUGGGCAGUGAAUCUUGGAUUACAUCAAGUCAUUUCGCUAACAGGAGAUUUUCCAGUAUACUAACAGGGUCACUGGGUUUUGCCAUAAGAAAGGCUAAAAUCAAAGGUCUGCAAGAGUUUCUUUUGCAGGUUCAUCCAAGUCAGGAUCCUCAGAACAAUCUGCUGAGAGAAUUCUGGGAAACAACAUUUGGCUGCAGUUUUCAGGCUAAUCCACACAGCUCAAAACAGUGUUCUGGCUUUGAGAAACUUCAGGAUGUUAACAAUGAUUUCACAGAUGUGUCAGAGCUCAGAAUAUCCAACAACGUAUACAAAGCUGUUUAUGCUGUUGCUCAUGCCAUGCAUAAAGUGUUUACAUGUGGACAAAGUGGUGGAGUAGAUAUUCACUCUUGUAUUUUAAUGAAUAAUUUAGAGCCAAGCGAGGUGAUGAAACAUCUUCAAGAAGUAAAUUUCUCUCUUCAGUCAGGGGAGAGAGUGUAUUUUGAUAAAAAUGGAGACCCUGUAGCAACAUAUGAGCUUGUGAACUGGCAGAAAAAUAUGGCAAGAGAAAUUGUGUUCAUGACUGUGGGGAGCUAUGAUGCUUCACUGCCAAAUGGAAAACUAUUUACUAUGAAUGGAAUAAAUAUAACAUGGGCUGGAGAGUCCUGGGAGAGGCCUGUGUCUGUCUGCAGUGAAAGUUGUCUUCCAGGUUUCCGACAGGCGAUGAUUAAAAACAAACCUUUAUGUUGCUUCUCUUGUGUCGCCUGUGCUGCUGGAGAGAUCAGCAACUCCAGCAAUUCUGCAGAGUGUUCACGAUGUCCACCAGACUUCUGGUCAAAUCACGAUUGCAGCAAGUGUGUUCCGAAGGUGAUCGAGUUUCUAACAUAUGGAGAGACUAUGGGAGCUCUUCUCACGGCUUUCUCACUGUUGGGAGCAACUUUGUCAUUGGUGGUCCUUUUUGUGUUUAUUCGAUUUCGUCACACUCCUCUUGUCAAAGCCAGUAACUCUGAGCUGAGUUUCCUGCUACUUUUCUCCUUGGCUCUAUGUUUCCUGUGUUCUCUGACUUUCAUUGGACAGCCCACUGAGUGGUCCUGCAUGCUGCGUCAUACAGCUUUUGGCAUAACGUUUGCGUUGUGCAUAUCAUGUAUUUUAACUAAAACUAUUACAGUGGUGGUUGCCUUUAAGGCUAGUCAACCAGCAAACACACUUCCACAGUGUUCUGCUCCUUUUCAGAGGACAAAUGUUCUUAGCUGUACUUUAAUUCAGGUGUUAGUGUGUGUGCUAUGGUUAGCUUUCGCUCCACCUUUUCCACACAGAAAUACAUCUCAUACCACUGAAAUUGUUAUUUUGGAGUGUGACGUAGGUUCACCAGUAGCCUUCUGGGUUGUACUUGGUUACAUAGGCCUGUUAGCUGUGCUUUGCUUAAUCCUUGCAUUUCUGGCUCGAAAGCUUCCCGAUAAUUUUAAUGAAGCCAAGUUCAUCACCUUCAGUAUGUUGAUCUUCAGUGCAGUGUGGGUCACAUUUAUCCCUGCAUAUGUUAGCUCUCCUGGAAAGUUUACUGUAGCUGUAGAGAUAUUUGCUAUAUUGGCCUCAAGUUUUGGGCUGCUUUUAAGUAUUUUUGCUCCAAAAUGUUAUAUUCUUCUAUUGAAACCAGAAAAGAAUACAAAAAAGCACAUGAUGAGGAGAAAUUCCAGAUCACAUAUUCAUUGA